CAACUUUAAGCACGAUUGGUUAUCCCAACCAUGAUCGGAUUGUUCCUGUUAUUUCUUGGUUGUCAAGUUGUCACCUGCUUCAGUGUUACACGUGAUUUCCCGUUGGGAGGUCAGAAAGAUGUACAGCUACGAAUAAUAACGGAAGUACUUCGAGGCGGUGGUGCCAGGUCAACGUCUGGAUCUGAUGAAGCAACGGUGAAGACUGCACCCGGUACCAUGGCAGUAUCAGUUGACAAUACACCUCAGGGAGCACAAGCUGACAAUACACCUCAGGGAGCACAAGCUGACAAUACACCUCAGGGAGCACAAGCUGACAAUACACCUCAGGGAGCACAAGCUGACAACACAGUUCAUGCAUCAUCAUUUGACUCUGGAAUUCCGGCAAUUCCUGCACCACCAGCUGACAAGGGAAUUCAGGCUAAACCAGUUGGCUUUAAAAAUCCUAAACCACCAACUUACGAAACAGUUUUGACACUCCCAGCUGACAAUGCAACUCAGGGAGCACAAGCUGACAACACAGUUCAUGCAUCAUCAUUUGACUCUGGAAUUCCGGCAAUUCCUGCACCACCAGCUGACAAGGGAAUUCAGACUAAACCAGUUGGCUUUAAAAAUCCUAAACCGCCAACUUACGAAACAGUUUUGGCACUCCCAGCUGACAAUGCAACUCAGGGAGCACAAGCUGACAGCACAGUUCAGGCACCAUCACUUGACAAAUCAACUCCUGCACCACCAGCUGACAAUGGAUUUCAGGCAAAACCAAAUGGCUUUGUAAUUCCUGCACCAUCAGCUGACAAUGGAAUUCAGGCAAAACCAGAUGCCUUUAAAAUCAAUUUUCCACCAGCUUACAAUGCAAUUCAGGCACCACCAGCUGACAAUGCACCCAAGGACAAUUCCCUCCCUCAGAAAGCAACGGUGAAGCCUGCACCCGGUACCGUUGUAGAAUCAGUUGACAAUGCAACUCAGGGAGCGCAAGUUGACAAUGGAAUUCAGGCAAAGCCAGAUGAUUUUGAAAUUCACGCUCCACCAGCUGACAAUGCAAAUCAGGCACCGUCAUUUGACAUUGGUGUAACUGGAGCUGAUAAUACACUUUGGGGACUACCAGCUGACAAUACACCGAAGGACAUUCCCGUCCUUAAGAAAGCAACGGUGAAGCCUGCACCCGGUACCGUUGUAGAAUCAGUUGACAAUGCAACUCAGGGAGCGCAAGUUGACAAUGGAAUUCAGGCAAAACCAGAUGAUUUUGAAAUUCAGGCUCCACCAGCUGACAAUGCAAAUCAGGCACCGUCAUUUGACAUUCGUGUAACUGGAGCUGACAAUACACUUUGGGGACUACCAUCUGACAAUACGCCCAAGGACAUUUCCGUCCUUAAGAGUAAGGCAGCAGUUACUAGAUGCCCUCCUCGUCUAAAAAAACCCAUUUCAUUUUCAUAUUAA